AUGGCGGCUCCCGUAGUGGUCGCUCCUGCGAUAAAUCUUCAGCAUAUGGACCUACCUGAAGGAAAUGAAGAUGUAGCAGCUGUGCUUCAAACAUCAACACAGCGCUGGCUCAACGCUGCUGAGUGGAGCAUUCUUUAUAACAACCACAACCUAUUCCCAGAAUCAAACUCAUUUACCAUACCUAUUGAAGUAGAGGGACUUUACAGAGUUGACAACCGCUUUAAUCAAGACAGCAAUACGUGGAGAAACACAAGUGCUCCCUCCACUUGCAAAAAUGCUAUCAACUUCUACAAUGUUAGGAUCGCCACUGGCUUGUACAGGUUUGAUGAUGAUGGGGACAUUGUGAUGGACGCUGAAGUUCAAGGAGGGUGGGUCCUUUGCAGAAAAACCGUGAGGAACAGAGGCCAUUGUGGUACACGUUUGAGUCAUCUCUACAAGCCUGUCUUCGAUCGUCAAUUCAAGAUGCUGAAGAUUCAUAUGAUGGAAGAUAUGAUUAAAGAUGGUGAAGAGAAGAGUCUUGACACUUUCGUGAUAUCCAGGCAACUUACCACUUUCACUGAUCUCACGGGCUGGGCAUUUGGCUCAUCCGUGAUAGUUGAAUUUAAAGUGAGACUUGAGCACUUAAGAGGAAAAUCAAUUCCUAUAGCGUAAUUCAUCUUUCUCGCUCCAUCUUCCUUUGUUUUUUUGGCAUCUUAAACUAUGGUGUUAUCAAAAUGGCAGUUGUGCACAUUGCUGAAAGUUAAUCAAUGGUCAGACUGUAAAGUUAAUUUCCUUAUGUCUAUGAAGAAAACAAAAAUUUAAUCCACCUUUUUGGGAUAUUAUU